AUUUUGGAGCUCGGGAAUGGCCAGAGAAAUGUAAUUGGGCAUGCUCAGUAGGUUGCCCUCAUUUGGAACACAAAUAUGUCUUGAGUGUUUGUCAGUGCUUCUAAGUGUCCAGAUUGGACGCAUCUUUCUUGCGGCAUUAUAUUGGGAGAUUGCAGCCCCUCCCACCCUCUUGGCACUCGGGCUUUUUUAAUUUUCUCCGUGUGCCCAAUUUUGGAGCCAGCCCUCCUGAAUCUCUUGACCAAUCAAGAGACCACACAUUGUUGCCUAAGAGACCCCGUAUGCCAGAGAAAGGAUCUAUAGAUGGUGAUUGGACUACUGGAAGGAAGGGUGGGGGCUGGACAGAGUCAAAGAAAAAGCUGCCAUGGCAACACCAGCGCUUGAGGCUUGAAGAGGGAGGUGAGCUGAAAGAGGUAUUUGAAGAAAGAAGAGCUCUGCUUGGAAAAUGGUUUGACAAAUGGACAGACUCUCAACGGAGAAGAAUCUUGACAGGCCUGUUAGAACGUUGCUCCCUGUCACAGCAGAAGUUCUGCUGUCAAAAGCUUCAGGAAAAAAUUCCAGCAGAAGCUCUGGAUUUUACUACCAAGCUUCCAAGGGUGUUAUCUUUAUACAUCUUUUCUUUCCUGGACCCCCGAAGCCUAUGUCGUUGUGCACAGGUGAGCUGGCAUUGGAAGAACUUAACAGAGUUGGAUCAGCUCUGGAUGCUCAAAUGUCUACGAUUUAACUGGUACAUCAAUUUUUCUCCAACUCCCUUUGAGCAGGGUAUAUGGAAGAAGCACUACAUUCAAAUGGUAAAAGAACUUCAUGUUACCAAGCCUAAGACGCCUCCAAAAGAUGGGUUUUCCAUUGCCAAUGUUCAACCAGUUACAAGCAGGUCUCCAGGGGAAAAGCAGUCUCCUGCAUCAGCUUUCCGGUCCUCUUCCUCUUUGAGGAAGAAGACUCACGCAGCGGAGAAAGAACUCCCACCCUGGCGAUCCUCUGAUAAGCACCCAACUGAUAUCAUUCGCUUCAAUUAUCUGGACAACUGUGACCCCAUUGAGCAAAUCUGGCAAGGGAGGAGGAAAAGACAUGAAAUGAACCCAGAUUUCAGUCGACAGUCACGUGAUAAGAAAAAUAAAUUGCAGGACAGAUCUAGGCUAAGAAAAGCGCAGUCACUGAUAUCCCUAAGUGCAGAACCCAGCGCCCCUCUACAAGUUCCCACUCAUCUUGCUUGGUCUCCUCAUUGGUGGGCAGGGCUCCCAGCCACCGAAGCAGCAACGAAAAUCCUCAUGCAUCAUCUUCAGAGGCACUCUGGACUUCAGGCUUUACCCAGCUAGGCUCCUGAUCUGAAGUCAAUUUAGAUAUGUGAAAGGAUUUUGAUAGAAUGACAAGGUGUUCUACACACUGGAGAGUUGGGUGUUACUUGAGUCCUCUAUUAGAGGACUAUUACUAACUUUCAGCUUAGGUACCCACUUGGCAAAGGGAGUUCUCAGUAUCUCUAUAAAAGGUAUUCAUGGCAUAAGUGCUGAUAUAGUUACAAACCUAGAUAUAAAUGUGAGGAUAGAUACCAUGGGAUUGAUAAAGGGACAUAGAAUAGCUACAGUGGUAAUAUUGGGUAUAGGGGGCAGGGUCCCAGAAGGAUACAGACAGCAUACUCCCAAGGCUAGUUUAAUGAGCAGUUUAAUGAAGGGGCUGUUUCCCAUGGUGUCUCACUGGCUAGGGCUCCAUCACAAAAUACCACUGUCUUCAUCUGUUCCAGCUGCUAUAACAAAAAUACCAUAGAUGGGUAGCUUAUAAACAACAUACAUUUAUUUUCUCACAGUUCUAGAGACUGGGAGCUCUAAGAUCAAGAUGUCAGCAGGAUUGGUUACUUCUGAGGCCUCUCUCCUUGGCUUGUGAGUGGCCACCUUCUCCUUGUGUCUUCAUAUGGUCUUCUUCUGGGCAGGUCUGUGUCCUAAUCUCCUCUUAUUAUAAGGAUACAAGUCAGAAUAGAUUAGGGCCUGCCCAUAUGACCUCAUUUAACCUUAAUUACCUCUUUGAAGACUUCAUCUCCAAAGAUAGUCACAUUCUGAGGUCCUGGGGGUUAAGACUUGAAUAUAGGAGUUUAGAUGGGGGGUGGAGGCUAAGGGGGUGGGACACAAUUCAGCCCACAACAACACUGUAGGGAGAAGUAAGAGAAUCAAGAUGAGAUGGUGAAGCACCUAGGAACUAGCAACAGUGGAAGCCUCUGUCAUCCUGUGGCCUGAAGAGGCAAGACAAGAGGGAAAGGGCCUUUUGUUCCUAGAACCCAUGAGAGCUGUAGCCACAGGAGAAGGGCCGCCCAGUGAGAUAUAUACUCUAUGAUGGAGGAACACAGUCACUGUUAAAAACAAGGCCUAGCAGGGAAGGGAGAGGGAGAAGUCCCAACCCCUCUCUCCCUAUCCCUUGACACUCCAACAGCACUUGCCUCUCAUCCAGAAGUCAGAGCACAAAGAAGCCUGGGGAGAAAUGUGUCUAGGUGUGGUGGAAGGGGUAUUAUAUGGGUGAGACAGUGAGGAAUAACUAGCACAAUGGGGCGAAAUGUAAAAAUUUUUGAAGAAGGAAUUAUAAUUGAUAUUCAAGCAAUGUGAAUGGGCUUCAAAGGGUAAUUGGAAAACAGAAAAUGUUACUUAGCUGCAAAAAUAUUAGUUAUAUGUUCUAAACUAAACCACCUACUCAUGUAACCAUUUCAAGGUCCCAGAAGUUACCAUUCUAGGAUACUUACUUACCUAGUUAAGUAUAAUGAUAGAAAACCAAAUGUUUGUCAAUAAUGUUGAACACUAA